AAUUUAAUUCAUGAUGCCCCAGGGUCAUCACGUUCCAGUGGUGUCAAAACGCCCCCUCGACACCAUCCACCGCAAGACGAAGGACUUAUUUUCCCAGAUGCUGCGCAACAGCGAUUGGAAACCCACUCCACGAAAGUUGGGCGCAAACUUCUCAGUGGGUCAAGUUUGCUGCCAUCGUUGGAAGAAUGUGGUUCCAGUGUUAAAUUAUCGAGGCAUUUGGGGACAUUUGGAGCUCACCCAUGGAUUGCUAUUUUAGGGCAUAAAGAUCUGGACAACGGAAAAUGGACUCAUAUUUGCUCAGGGACGUUAAUAAAUCCGAAAUACAUAUUGACAUCAGCACAUUGUCUAAGUAAAUUUCCGGAAUAUCAAAUUACACAUGUCAGACUUGGUGAGUACGACCUUCAAACCGAGAUCGAUCGUGGCUCACCGUUCCUUCGAAAUACUAUUUUUGAAGAACAUGCUGUUCAGAGAUCAAUUAUCCAUCCGGAUUAUCAAAGACCCGGAAGGGGUGCGGAUAUUGCUCUCAUCCGACUGAAAGACCGAGUUUCAUACUCAGAAUUUGUGCAACCAAUUUGUCUCCCACUCAGAGAUCACUAUGCCAUGUCGUCAUAUUGGGGGACGUCAGGAUCGGAACCUAGUUUAUUGGUGCAGGGUAAACUUCUUGUGGCUGGGUGGGGGCGGCUUCACGCUAACUCCACCGGAUAUCGAACCCUGCAAGAAGCUCAGGUUAAAAUUACUCCGGAAGACGAGUGCCAGGAUUCAAACAGAAAUUUAUUUUCUCCAGCGAAACAAUACUGUGUUGGGGGAAAUUAUCGGCAAAACAUUUGUGUCACUGACGAUGGAGGGGCAUUAAUACUGCCGAUGCGAUUGGGGUCCAGGGCCACAGCAGGCCCCACCCCGAAGGUGUUUCAAAUGGGAAUAUUUUCCUCAGGACCAUCAGUGACGCAAUGUCAAACUUGGGAAGGAAUGGAUCACAGACUCAUAUUUCUAAGACAUAAUAAUCGCGUUAGAUCUGCACUGCCUCAAAGUGUUCCCAAGCCCACCAUUUACUCGAAAGUUAUCCCUCACUUGGACUGGAUGCAGAGACAGUUGCAGCCAUAAGCACAACCACCUUUAUUUUUUAUUUAAGCAAUGUAACACAAGGAAGUAAAAAAUAUAUAGCGAAUGAUAAACUUGAAUAUUUACACGCGUUUGGAUACUAUUUACAUAAGUAUAAUUAAAUCCCAACCCAUUUUAUUUAGAAUUUCAGUUAUAUGUAGCCAUACUUAUCUCCGCUGAUAAAGCUGAGUUAAUAUUUUCCAUCAAUACGUAUUUACAUAUGUACCGGGGCAAUGAAGGUGUGAAAUUGAAAUUACUAUAUGACCCAUAUUUUUUAGCAUGAUCGAAUAUGACGCUGCUCAGAUAAGUCUGAAAUUUGCCAUAUAUGGCAAAUACGUAGUACGUAAUACGUAGCAAAUAUGUGGUACGUACAUAUGUACAUAUAUCUAUGUACGUACCAAACUCCUAAAAUGCACUUAAUUUGAAAAUUCGACAUUUCUGCGGUUUUUGGAGGACAUCAUUUGAUUUUAUUAGUUUAAAUUGCUAGGUUUCGGUAACACUCAUCAGGCUUACACGUAACUGUUUCGGAAAAAUAGUACAAGCCAAGCAAUCAUCAAUUAUCUAAUUUACAUUUGACUAUGAUGAGCGUAAAAAUUGUAACUAAUUGUAAGCCAAUAA